AUGAACCCCCAUGCAAAACUACUAUCAUCAAUAAGCUUACUACUAGGAACCACCAUCACAAUUUCAAGCAACCAUUGAAUAAUAGCCUGAACAGGAUUAGAAAUCAACACCCUUGCCAUUAUCCCCCUUAUCUCAAAAUCCCAUCACCCUCGAGCCAUCGAAGCCGCAAUCAAAUAUUUCCUCGUACAAGCAGCUGCCUCAGCGCUAGUUCUCUUCUCAAGUCUAAUAAAUGCAUGAUUCACAGGACAGUGAGACAUCACCCAACUAAACCACCCAACACCCUGCCUAUUACUAACAACCGCAAUCGCAAUAAAACUCGGACUAGUACCCUUUCACUUCUGAUUCCCAGAGGUCCUCCAAGGAUCAACUUUAACUACAGCCUUACUCCUAUCUACCGUAAUAAAACUUCCCCCAAUCACUAUCCUCCUUAUAACAUCCCAUUCCUUAAAUCCAACACUACUCUCCACCAUGGCUAUCGCCUCGGCCGCCCUAGGCGGAUGAAUAGGACUAAACCAAACACAGUUACGAAAAAUCCUAGCUUUCUCCUCCAUCUCCCACCUUGGUUGAAUGACCAUCAUUAUGGUCUACAACCCAAAGCUCACACUAUUGACCUUCUACCUUUACUCCUUAAUUACUGCAACUGUAUUCCUCACCUUAAACAAAACCAAAGCACUAAAAUUGUCCACAAUAAUAACCUCAUGGACAAAAAUCCCUGCUCUAAACGCAACCCUAAUACUAACACUACUAUCCCUAGCAGGACUUCCCCCACUAACAGGCUUCCUACCUAAAUGACUUAUCAUCCAAGAACUCACUAAACAAGAAUUAACCACAGCAGCUACAAUCAUCGCGAUACUCUCUCUACUGAGCCUAUUCUUCUACCUCCGCCUCGCAUACUACUCCACAGUUACACUCCCGCCGAACUCAACAAACCACAUGAAACAAUGGCAUAUUAACAAACCUACCAGCACCAUAAUCGCCAUCCUAGCCACAACAUCAACCCUACUACUACCACUAUCCCCCAUAAUCCUGACCACCAUCU